UCACGACAGGUUAUCGGAAGAAAAUAAGCAUGAAAUUAGUUGGUAUUUCGAUCUCCUGUUCCUUUCAAUUGCUUGUAAUACUUCAAAGAAACAUUGGUCCCAUCUGAGUUAUUUAUUAUGUAUCGAACAUUAUUUUUCAUUCACGUUCUCCAUUUAACUAUUAUACUCAACGUGGCUUUUUCUGAAUCGACAAAUGGCCUAAAUGAAGAUUUCGACGAAGACUUCGUCGAAGAAUUGGAGAGAGUCAAGGCACUAGAUGACGAAGGCAAUCUCGACAUUGAAAAGGUACUAAUUGAAGCCAAUGUGAGUGAAUCUGAAAGGCCGAAAACUAAGAAAUGCCUGCAAGAUAUACCGAAGUCAUUGAAGAAAAAAGAAAUGGUCGGAUACAUUUUGAGUUGUACACUAUCAGCUGUGUUGUGAAGAAGAAAUAUUGACUAAUAAAGGAACACAAAGCACUUAUAACAAUAUAUGAUGAAGAGAAAUCUUA